AUGACUGACAUCGCGAAAUUUGAGCAGUUUGGGUUAAAUGCAUUCUACAAUGGCAUUCCAAUACUUGAUAAUGCCAGUGACUGGUUUAAGUGGAAUCAGAAGGUCAAUGAGUUCAUUCGGAUAUCCGCCGUUGCCGACGAUGGAACGACUCCACCGAUAGAGGAAGAAGAAGCACGGCAAUGGACUCAUCGCCAAAAGUUCUACUCUGCGAUGAUCACGGCAAAGCUGACCCAUAAUGCGGCACAAAGGAUCAACGCCUUUGAGAUCUCUCGAGUCCACGCACUCUUAAAGGCAGUGAAAGACAACUUCAAACCAGAAGGCACUGGCACAUACGUUAACCUCCAGCGACGGUACAUGUGCCUCACAAGAGAGAAAUGUGGAAGCGCUCAAGCCCUCGGGGCCGAGAUCAGGAAGAUUCACGCUGAGAAACUUCUCCUUGACCCCGACUGCGUGAGCUCCGAGGUUGAGCGAACAUUCUUUUUCGUGCACGCAUUAGGUCCUGAGUAUGAAAGUUUCCGUGAUCAUAUAUUUCGGCAAAUGGACCUUGUUAACGAAAGAGAUGCCAAUGGUAACAUCACCAAAGCGGCGCCCACGUUCGACUAUAUCGAGAACAAGGCAAUUGAGGAAGAACAUAGGAAGGGACAAUUGAGCAAACAACCAACAGAGGCGCAAGCGCUUCCUGCUCUCGCUAUAAUCCGAGGGCCAGGUGACAAGAAAGUCAUACCCUCAUCCGACGGAACAACAUGUCGAAUCGAGAUCGAUAACGUCCCAUAUUGCUCCUUCUGCCGGAAACCUUAUCAUGUGGACUCUGAGUGCUUCAGCAAGAAUCCCAGACCGAGGGAUAAGAAGAAAGACGGAAAGAGCCACAAGUCAAAGCCAGGCAAUUCACAUACAGGCGCACGCAAGCCGUAUAAGCGGCGGCCCUCCUCAGAUGACGAAGACGAUGAUGUCGGUGGUCCAAGGGAUCCAAAGAAGCCCACCUUCAUGGCGACAAAGGUCUCCGGAGAAGAUGUUAAUACAGCAUUUGGAAAGGACGUUGAAGGCAACUUCGCUCUAGUCGACAGCAUCCCCACAUUGAUGGCUACAAAAACCCUAUCGAUCCGUGACGCAUGGAUCGUCGAUAGUGGAUGUGCUCAGCACGUCUGCAAUAACGCCUCGAGAUUUGUAAAGAUGGACAAGUACCAUGGACCACCACUGAGAAGCGUCGAUACCUCCACGACUCCCUCGGGAGUAGGGAUAGUCAAUGUUCUGUGCAAUGUACGAGGCAGAAGGAAAUGGCUUGUGCUUGACAAUGUCCUCUACGUCCCAUCUGCACAUGCAAACCUCAUAUCGGUGCUCCAGCUUCUCAAACGAGGAGCAAAAGUCGAAUUCUCAAGCCAAAGUGCUAGUAUUCGCAACAAGUCACACGGAAAGAACCUAUACACUGCCAGCCAAUAUCAUGGAGUUUACGCACUUGAUCUAUGGACGAAUCUCACCUUUCCCUCCUACCAUGUUGGUCCACAAAUGGCUCUUUGGCAUAAUCGGAUGGCUCACCUGAGCGAUGCGAACCUACAUCGGCUUAAGAAACAGGCCGUCGGCAUCCGGGACAUGGAACCACGUCAACCAUGCAACCCAUGCCUCCAGGGACGAAUGAUUGAAAAGCCCCACAACCGCUUGGGACGAAGGAGACGAGGGGAAUAUGCAAUGGAACUUCUCCAUAUUGAUGUCGCAGGGCCAUUUGACGAGGGCCUUGAUGGCAGUCGCUAUUGGCUCACCGUCGUCGACGACUUCACAGGGUGGAUAGAGAUUGUCCCUAUACCACGACGACAAGAAUUUGUCAUAGAGUCACUACGUUUCUUCCUUGAUCAUAACGAACGCCCUGAACGGAAGUGUAGACGAAUACGCCUCGAUCGGAUCCCUGAGCAAGUGGGAGAAGAGAUGAAGUUCAUACUGUUCUCACGGGGAAUCCAUGCCGAGGUCACAGGCGUUGAUCAACACCAGCAGAAUGGGGUUGCCGAGAGAGCCCAUAAGACAAUUUAUGAUCGGGUUGGACCCACGCUAGCACAUGCAAAACUACCACCUAAAUUCUGGCCAGAAAUUGCUCGAACCGCAGCAUUCCUUUCCAACCGGUCGCCGUCAUCAAAGCUCAACAUGACUCCGUAUCAAGCCUGGUACGGCGACAAGCCGGACCUAUCACGACUCAGAGUGAUCGGAUCCAAAGGGGAAUACUUGAUCCCACCCAAGCAGAGGAAGAAGCUCACAGAGCCAAGAACCAGGCCAUGCAUUCUACUAGGCUAUGAGGGAAAUACCAACUACCGUAUCCUGCUGGAAGACGGAAGAAUCGUUGGGACCCCAAACGCUGAAUUUCACGAAGUCCUUACAGCUCCUUCCACACAGACUAUAGAAGAUGUGGGAGCCAGACGAGACGGCUCACCUGGGGCAACGGCUGCUGCCGCAGGGGGAUCGAGUGACGAGAACUCGCAGACACCAGUGUCGUCUCAAUCGAGUGACGAUGACUCGCAGCCAUCUGUUGCUGUACAGGGAGACAGGACCUUGUCGCCUACACGGAGUGAUGAUACCUUUGGACCAUUUGCAGAUGAUUUACAAGACAUCAUCCAAAGGAAUGACUCACCACCCGGCGGCGACCAGCAACAAGACGACGCUCAACAAGGUCUAGUUUCAGGAGAAUGGCAACGAUCUCCAGAACUCCAACUUGACCGCCCAGUUCAUGAAGUGCGACAAGAAGCACUAGAACAUCACCCUGAACUCAAAAUUCGGGCUCCGCACGUCACACUAGAAAUUUUUAGUGACAGCGAAGAAGAGCUUACGCUAAUGAAUAUACCUGAAGAAAACGUCAUUCCAACAUUCUUAACAGUAGCUGCAAAGGAAACAGAACCUUUUGAGCCAAAGUCUCUGCAUCAAGCGAAGAACGACGCAAGCUGGCUCGAAUGGGAACGAGCAAUGCUUGAAGAAGUGAACUCGCUCAACCAAAACAAGACGUGGGAGCUUGUUAAUCCUCCCAAAGAUCGGCGGAUUCUCAGUGGAAAAUGGGUCUAUAAACUCAAACGAGGACCGCAUGGCGAAGUCAUCCGUUACAAAAGCCGAUGGGUAGUGAGAGGCUUUACACAAGAAGAGGGUAUCGACUAUGACGAAACUUUUGCCUCGGUUGUCAAGCCAAUGAGCUACAAAGCUCUAUUCGCAAUCGCGGCGGCCCUAGAUCUAGAGAUCGAGCAAAUGGAUGUCAAAACGGCAUUCCUGUACGGGUACAUAGACCACGAGAUCUACGUCGAACAGCCUCACCACAUGACCGACGGCACAUCCAGGGUCUGCAAACUUCGAAAGGCACUCUAUGGCUUAAAACAAGCUCCUCGGAUCUGGUACCAGACCCUGACAAAUUUCCUACGAAAUCUCGGCUUCGAGCCAAUCAGCGCUGAUCUUGGGAUCUUCGUCCGGAGCAAUAUGUACAUCGCGGUGUACGUCGAUGACCUCCUGAUCGUGGGGCCAAGCAUCGCGGAAAUAAAGAAGAUCAAGCGGAGCCUCAGAAACCGUUUUCAAAUGACAGAUCUAGGACCAUGCAGCUACUAUCUCGGGAUGUCUGUCCAGCGAGACCGUCAAAACAGGAUACUGUACCUAAGUCAAGAAGCGUAUAUUGACAAGGUUGCUCACCAGUUCGGAAUCAGCAACGGCGCUCCCCUCAGCACACCGAUAGAAACCUCACCACUUCCAGAGAAUAAUCCAGGAUACAGCUGUCCUCCAGAUCAAAGAAUCAUAUACCAACGCGUUGUCGGAUCUCUGAUGUACAUUAUGCUUGGGACUAGGGGGGACAUCGCGUAUGCCGUCUCUAUGGCAAGCAGGCAUCUAGCGAAUCCUGGGCCACAACACCUGAAACUCGCUCGACGCAUCCUGCGGUAUCUCAACGGCACAAAAGGCCUCAGGCUCACGUACAAGGGUCAGCCCCAGAUGCUGAAAGGCUUUACAGACGCAGAUUGGGGUGGAUGUCGCGACACUAGACGUUCAACAGCUGGAUACCUUUUCAAUAUCGGGAGUGGAGCAAUCAGUUGGCAAUCGAAGCGCCAAAGCGUCGUUGCCCUCUCGACCUGUGAAGCUGAAUUCCUAGGCCAGACACAAGCAACCAAAGAAGCAAUCUGGUUGAGAAGACUUCUCAAUGAGUUAAACAUGAGCCAAGGAAAAACCGCAACGAUCAUUUGUGGUGACAACCAAGGAGCCAUCGCCCUGUCCUCGAACCCGCAAUACCAUUCCCGCACGAAGCAUAUGGAAAUCCAACGCAAGUGGCAAGGAGAGGUGCAAGACACUGGAACGGUAGAACUGCAGUGCCUGCACAUUGCUAGAGGGCUUGUUAACGCAGCAAUCCCCUGCAAAGCACGUUUGUUGACGCAGAGCUCGUCCUGCGAAGCACAUUUUUACACUCGCGGGGCUCAGGGCAGCGAGGGAGCACACUCUUACACUCGCGGGGCUCAGGGCAACGAGGGAGCACAUUUUUACACUCGCGGGGCUCAGGGCAACGAGGGAGCACACUCUUACACUCGCGGGGCUCAGGGCAGCGAGGGAGCACAUUUUUACACUCGCGGGGCUCAGGGCAACGAGGGAGCACACUCUUACACUCGCGGGGCUCAUGGCAACGAGGGAGCACAUUUUUACACUCGCGGGGCUCAGGGCAACGAGGGAGCACACUCUUACACUCGCGGGGCUCAGGGCAGCGAGGGAGCACACUCUUACACUCGCGGGGCUCAGGGCAACGAGGGAGCACAUUUUUACACUCGCGGGGCUCAGGGCAGCGAGGGAGCACACUCUUACACUCGCGGGGCUCAGGGCAACGAGGGAGCACAUUUUUACACUCGCGGGGCUCAGGGCAGCGAGGGAGCACACUCUUACACUCGCGGGGCUCAGGGCAGCGAGGGAGCACAUUUUUACAGGCUCAUUGGCUGUGAGGGAGCGCAAAUCUUACAUCGCUGGGCUCGUGGCAGCGACAGCCGUGGUCACGGAAGGUCUGGAGUACUUGGUUUCGCAGAGCCCAUCCUGCGAGGCACACUUGUUGACGCAGAGCCCAUCCUGCGAAGCACACUUGUUGACGCAGAGCCCAUCCUGCGGAGACUCUUGUUGUCGCAGAUGUCCCUGCGGAGACUCUUGGCUGCGGAGAACUUGGUAAUGCAGCGGUCUCCUGCAGAGAACUUGUUAACGCAGCGGUCUCCUGCGGGUCUCACUUGUCAUCACAGCGCCCCCCUGCGAGGUAGUCUUGUUUUCGCAGCACCCCCUGCGAGGAUUAUUGUUCACGCAGACCUAUCCUGCGAGGUAGUCUUGUUUUCGCAGCACCCCCCUGCGAGGAUUGUUGUUAACGCAGACCUAUCCUGCGAGGUAGUCUUGUUGACGCAGCACCUCCCUGCGAGGAUUAUUGUUCACGCAGACCUAUCCUGCGAGGUAGUCUUGUUUUCGCAGCACCUCCCUGCGAGGAUUGUUGUUGACGCAGACCUAUCCUGCGAGGUAGUCUUGUUGACGCAGCACCUCCCUGCGAGGAUUGUUGUUCACGCAGACCUAUCCUGCGAAGCACCUUUUUACGCUCGCGGGGCUCAUGGCAGCGAGGGAGCACAGUCUUACAUCGCUGGGCUCGUGGCAGCGACAGCCGUGGUCACGGAAGCUCUCAAGCCCGCAGGGAAGAGAGGGACAGUACGAUGCAUCAAAGUGUGA